CGCAAAGGAUUCUGGGAAGGUUAGUUCCGUGUCGCGUCAAGCCCAGCGCACCGAGUAGGGCGAGCGACUUCCAUUCCCAUCAGCCCAGUGACUGUUCGCACAGUGUGUGUUGGUGUGUCAUAGCCCCGCCCCUCGAAAGGUAAACCCGUCGGACUGGUUCCGGGCAACGCCUGUUUCUGCUUUAGGACGGUGGACACUUCCUACAGCGGACUUCCGGUGCCUGGGACUCCCGAGCGGGUGGCUGUAGAUCGGGGCCGGGAAGCGCUGCGUCCGCUGGAUCACAGGGUAACAUUGGACCAUUUUCUUGUUCAAGUUAGAACAACCAAAUCGAUCACACUGAAUGAGGAUUCCAUAUUUGCUUCCAUAGCACAGUUUUCUAACAGCAGGGUCUCUUUGAAUGAGGAUGACAAUGGAAGAGAUGAAGAAUGAAGCAGAGACCACUUCAAUGGUUUCCAUGCCUCUCUAUGCGGUUAUGUAUCCCGUUUUUAAUGAGCUAGAACGUGUAAAUCUUUCAGCCGCUCAGACUCUUCGAGCAGCUUUUAUAAAGGCUGAAAAAGAGAACCCCGGUCUCACACAAGAUAUAAUUACAAAAAUCCUUGAAAAAAAGAGCGUAGAAGUGAACUUCACAGAGUCCCUCUUGCGUAUGGCAGCGGAUGAUGUUGAAGAGUAUAUGAUUGAAAGGCCAGAGCCAGAAUUCCAGGAACUUAAUGAGAAAGCACGAGCACUUAAACAGAUCCUUAGCAAGAUUCCUGAUGAAAUCAAUGAUCGAGUGAGAUUCCUUCAGACAAUCAAAGACAUUGCUAGUGCAAUAAAGGAACUUCUUGACACCGUGAACAACGUCUUCAAGAAGUACCAAUAUCAGAAUCGCAGGGCACUUGAGCACCAAAAGAAAGAAUUUGUAAAAUAUUCCAAAAGUUUUAGUGACACUCUGAAAACCUACUUUAAAGAUGGAAAGGCAUUAAAUGUAUUUAUAAGUGCCAACCGCCUAAUUCAUCAAACCAACUUGAUACUCCAGACCUUCAAAACUGUGGCCUGAAACUGUAAAUGACUAAGCUGUAAUUUUCAGUGGUGGACAGAGCUACUCUAUUGUGUAAAUUAAGUUUUGACUGUAUAAAUUAUCAGUUCCUCCAGAGGGACAUAAAUGCAGGAUGUUGAAUGGGAUUAUUGCCAUCUUACACCAUAUUUUUGUAAGAUUUAUUGUAGCUUCUCAUAAUCUCACGAUGAAGAUUUUGCAUCACUUUUUGCUAUUAUCAUUCUUUUCAGAAUUAUAAGCCAAAAGAAUUUACGCCUUAAUGUGUCAUUAUAUAACAUUCCUUAUAAGAAUUGUAAAUAUUGGUGUUCUGUUUCUGACAUUUUAACUUGAAACCGAAAAGCUGCAAGAUUAUGUAUUUAACAAUAUUUGGUGGCAAAUAUUCAAUAAAUAGUUUACAUCUGUUAAA